GCGGCCCUGUCGGGGAGAGAGAGGGCUUGCUGGGAGCCGCGAGUCGCGGUGGCUGCAGAGCAGGGAGAGAAACACUGAGAAAUCGCUAUCCACCUACCUGAAAAGAACGGAUAAACAAGUUUCUGCAAAUACCACAAUUAACACAAGUAAAAAUUUUCAGACUUGGAUAAGAGCUGAUAGGAAAGUUAGACCCAACUUUUAUGGAGAAUAAUAACCUUUUGUUGGUUAUUGGAAAAUGAGAGCCAAAUUGACUGUUGGGAAGCUGAUCUCCCCAUCAAGCCAUAAAGAUGGUGAUCAAUGUCUGCCUCCCCCAGUUCAAGCCAAGAAUUCACUGCAACAAGAUCUCUGCUGACGGUUAUGAAGUAGAAAAUCUGGUCUCUGAAGACCCCGCCAAGAGGAAUCGUGGCUUCCGUUGUGAAUAUUUCAUCAAGCCUCCAGUCCACGUCACACUCUCUUUCCCCUUUAACGUUGAAAUCUGCCGGAUUAAUAUAGACCUCUCCUCAGGUGGCUAUCAGAAUAUCACUGGGCUGGAUAUUUGCACGUCUACCUCAUCCAGUAAAGCCUCUUUGAACAGCCCAGAGUCUCCGUUCUCAGGUCUGGCCGGCCAGCCAGCAUUUGACAAAGAGGUUUUCACGCUGGUAGGCAAAGCUGUGCUGAAGAAUCAAAGCAAAGUGACCUUCGGCCACCGAGGCUUCAAGCCGAGGCCUCCGUUCCAUCAUCUGAUGGACACUCUCUUCUCCUUUCCUGGCUCUGCAUCUCUGGACUUGUGGAACAAAGGCCCAGCUUCUCUGAGCAGCGUCUCACACUUAAAAAUCUGCAUCACCCAUGUGGCGGGAAGCGGCUUGCCCUGCAUUAAGAAAGUGGAGGUGUGGGGCCAGCCAGCCAAGUCCUGCUCUCACGAAGUGGUUGACGACGUGCUCCGGGUUGCCUCUGAAUCCUCGGCGCAAGGCUUCGGUGGACAAGCCGCCAGCCUUCCUUUGCCAAUGGAGAGUGACAUUGUGCCCUUGGGCAACUCGGACAGCCAGGAACAGAAGCUGAUGGAAGCCAUUCAGGAUGUCCCUGAAGAGUUCUUGGACCCCAUCACCCUGGAGGUAAUGACUCUCCCCAUGCUGCUGCCCUCUGGCAAGGUGAUCGACCAAGGCACCCUGGAGAAGUGCAACCGGAGCGAGGCCUCUUGGGGGCGAGUGCCCAGCGAUCCGUUCACGGGGGUGGCUUUCAGCCAGCACUCACAGCCCCUUCCCCACCCCUCCCUCAAGGCAAGGAUAGACCACUUCCUCCUCCAGCACAGCAUUCCUGGCACUAAUCUCCUAGGGAGGGCUCAGGCCUUGGGAACGGUGGUAGCCUCUUCCAUAGCUAUGUCUUCUCUCAAAAGGAAAAUAGACCUUGUGGAACAGAAUCCUGAAGGCCGCCACAGUGUGGAGCCGUUCCAUUUUUCCACAGCAAACUUUGUAGUCACGUCUACCUCCGAGACCCGGGCUAAAAAGAUGAAAAUGGAGUGUGAUUCGAACUCCUCCCAAAUGGACUGCUCAGCAGAUCUUAUUUCUCAUGAACAGAGGCUUUCCGACAGUUUGGAUAGCGCCUUGAACUCUGCACUCAGCUCAAUGCCAUUGUUCACAGCUAGCUUGGCAAAGGGCCAACAACAGCUACACAGUGGUGGCAGCUGCAGCAGUCCAUGGAAUGCAGGUGGAGGGCAUGAGCACAACCGGAGCGACGCCCUGCAAGGCUGCUCCUCCUGCUGCAGGACCUUUUCUCUGUACUUCACAACGGAGACAGUUUACCAGCUCCCUUGCGGCCACCUCGUGUGCCGCCCGUGCUUGUCCGAGAAGCAGAAAUCUUUGUCGAUACUGUGCAUGAAUUGUAAAAGGUCGGUCGCCACGCACGAGGUCAUGCGGGUCCAUUUCUAGCCUGUUUCCAUGACGCACUCUCUAGAAUGAGUGAUCAGAAGAGUGGGGGGGGGGAGGAGGAGAAGUUGCUGACGUUCCCCCUCCUUUGAUUCGUGUGAGGCCGGGAUCCUACAGAAGCCUUGCAGAAGAGAACUCUGUGAGGUUCUGAAGAGGAUUUGUGGCCCUCAGAGAGAACAGACAGGGCUGUAGCCAGAGCUAAAGCGAUCAAAGGAGAAUAAAGCCAUAAAGCUUCUCUUAAUUUUUUUUUUAAACAGCUCAUUUAUAUACAAAACUGGCACCCAUGUAACGACGUACCAUUAUUUUGCCACCUUUCCAGCAGUUUCUUGCUUUGGGGGGGAGGGGGCGGUGAGCUCGCUUUCCGUGCGGUCUGUUCAACAAGAGAUCUUUUUGAUGAUAGUGAAGGAAGGAGGUGAUGGGGGUGGAGACGGCAUCCUUGCUGUGCCAAAUUGCCCAGAGCCAUCGUCGCUUGCAGGUAUUUUUCCAGCCAUGCAAAAAAAGGAGGGGGGAAAGUAUCCAGGAAAUAAGCACACAGGUUGCCUGUUCUGAAGACCAAGUAACUACCUGAGAGAAGGGAGCAAGUGGAUGAUGAUUGGACAGUCCUGGUGGUGAAUUUCAUUCAUUGUGCAAUCUGUAUACAAAGUCAGUGUAUUCUAUAUAUAUGUGUACACACACACACACACACACGUUGUCACUCUUGAUUUCUGUUGUGCAACUUGGGAGUGGGGAGAUGGGUGGCCAGUUCGCCUCCUACCUAGUGGAUAAAAAUGUCAGCCUUAAUAAAGUUAUGGUCAGAAAUCUCUGAUCUCUUUCAGGCUUACAA